AUUUUGUCUCGAAUCACAUGGGAAGGGAAAUAUGGCUGCAUUGGAUAGGGAAGUGUUUGCCUCGCUUCAGUUCUUACUGAAAGCUCCUUCAAAGAAUGUUGUUCGGCAGUUAUGCCAAGAGUGCUUUUCUAGUUCAGGAAUUAUCUCUGAAAAGCUCACUGAAAGUACCUGCUCCAAUCUCUCAGUAACUCCCAUUGAAGCAAAUCAGUUAAUACAGUCUUUGCAUAACCUUACAAGGCACAUCGUUUACCAUGGCCUAACGUCGCAAGAAGAAAUCCUCUCUCUCUUUCCAGAAGGAUUUCACCAGAAUCUUAAAAAUCUUGUAACCAAGAUACUCCUGGAAAAUGUCGCCACCUGGAGAAAUGAAGCACAAGCCAGUCAAAGUGUUGCUCUGGGUACAUGCAGCAAUCAACCUUCAGUUCCAUUUUCAGCCAAAUAUUUGAUAAUGCAAGUUUAUUCAUAUUAUCAUACAUUGGACCAAAUUCAUAAACACAUUUCCCUCCCAAGGCUAGUAGAUAUGGAUUGGAGAGUGGAUAUCAAGACAUCUUCAGACAAUAUCAGCAAAAUGGCUAUUCCUACCUGCCUGCUACAACUGAAGAUUCAAGAAGAUGCUGGCUUGUGUGGGAAUGACUUUGCAACCUCUGCAUUAACAGUAGAGCUGAACAAACAAACAUUGGACACUAUGCUGGAUGGUCUAGGGAGGAUUCGGGAUCAGCUUUCUACGAUUGCAAAUAAAUAAUACUCUAAGUAAAAAAAAAAAACCUCCUGCAUCAGUCAUUAGUAUGCAUAAAAGUAUUUUCUUUCUAACUCCAAUAUGUUAUUUCAUAAGGAUUCAUUUAGCUGUUCUAUUUUGUUUCAUCUCCUCAAGGGCUAAACAGAGUUUUAAUAAUCUAGAUACUUUCCAAGAAGAUUGUGUUCUGGGUGCGCUGCCUAAGAUAAGCUUAUAAUGUCACUCAGGCCCUCAGUUUGCAUCUAUUGCUACAGAAGUUCAUAGCUGUGGUUAAUAGGAAAGUUUUAAGAAGAAAAAGGAGCAGCAAGUGAAGCAGAUUAUUUACGUGGACUCAAAUUGUACCACUAGAAACACAAAUGCAGCUAAUAGACCAGCUUCCAAUUCACACAUUUGAAAAGGAUGUGCUGAAGAGCAUGUCACCAGAGACAUUUCAUCUUCACUGAUGCAUCAUUUUUGACACAGGACAAUUGUGACGCAGUGUCUUUUGUCAUUGCAGAAUGUCAUUUUUCAGUAAGCCAAUCCUGUUUUAUGAUAAAUAACUCCAAACUUUGCAAUAGCAAAAAAAGAAACAAAGAAAAGUGUCACCUCAUAUUGACUUUUAACAGGAAUUGAGAGUCGUUGCAAUUUGGUGAUACUAAAUAAGAUUCCUAACAGCAAUUCUAGGUUCCUGUAGCAACAGUAUCAUUGUCAACUCUGAAGCGAACCUGGCUGGGGCCAUUUUGGAGGCUUCAGGGUUGCCACAAUGCGAAGAAAGUGUAAACAGUGGGAAAAUGGUUAGAUUGGGGGGGGGGGGGGGGGUUGUAGCCAAAACAAAAUAAUUUCCUGUGGGAAACAAGGACAUUCAAACAGAUGACUGGAAGAAGGAGGGGUGAAGUAACCAAGACAACUGGCCAACUGAUUGGACAAGGUGACUGAUUGUUUGGGGAAAGAGGGAAAGUUUCAUUUUUAAUCAGGUAAAAACUGCGGGAACUUUCAGAGUCGGUUUUCACCAGCUUGUGCCAAUAUGUUAUCUCCGAUAAAACUGUUCUUUGAGUAACCUGUCUGACUUGGAAUUCAGCUUUCUAUGGGGAUAUUACUUGGAAUGUUGACAGUCAUUGCAGCAUAUAUGAAAUAUUAAGAUUUCAUUAAAAUGCAUACCUU